UCAAGCAAAGGGUUGAUUUUCUGUUGACAUCGAAGGAGAGAUCUCACCUAAAGAGAUCAAUGCAGACCUAUGAAGUGACGCGAGAUGUGGUGGAGCUUGAAACAAGUCUGUCUGAAAUUCUGGACACACCAUCAAAGAGGACUUUGUGGAUGUUUGUGAUCGCCCGUCUGCCUCCUCAACAUCAGGAGUUCUGUAUUCACCGAAUCAGUCUGCCUCAACACAUCCUGCUGGAGGUUUUGCGAACACAGCAGAAAAUAAACGGCCAUGGGCAAAUGACAGCAAAUGGUCUCCAGCAGGCUGGGUGGGAGACCCACAUCGGGACGUCUGCCCGUCUGCCCGCUUCCUUCCAGCAGCAGAUCGAGUUCCUGCUCACAUCACAGGAGCGGAUACAGAUCAAGCGCUCCCUCCAUAUGUAUGAAGACAACAGAGAUGUGAAGGCUCUGCUGAAUGAGCUGGAGGAGAUGCUGGACACGCCAUCCAAAAAGACAUUGUGGAAGUUUAUCCUGCCAUUGCUGACAACGUCGCACCAAGAUAUUGUCAAACGCAGACUUGACUUCCGACAGCAGUACAUAACCAGUCAGAUUUCUGACUCAGCAAUGGAUUCCUACAUUGGUCCACCUGACGAUGACCUUCAUGAUGACCUUGCAGUUCAGGAGGAGAUUGAGAUCGGGUCUGGGAAAGUCCAUCAUCGUCAGGAGGAAUUGUCAUUGUCUGAUGAUGAGGAACAGACCAGUUCAGCUUCUUCUGAAUCUAUCGAGUGGCGACCAAAAUCCAAAGAUCACAAGGAGAGGUCUGAGCGUGCCCUACUGCGGGAGUUGGAGCAGACGAGGAAGGCUGUGCAAGAUGUCAGGGAGGCACUUAUGAGCCGGACGGUUCUUAUUGCAGGUGAUUCUAAUGGCAGUCCCCUGUUCGCAAAUGGAGAAUCUCCAGACUCGAAGCGAUUUGUAACUGUUAUCCCGAUCGGGUACCAGGAACAGGUAAAGCAUAGUUCCCAUGGCAACAUCCCAAAUGGAGUGUCCACAGAGGUAAAGAUUCAUAAUAAUGUGAGCCACACCACCUCAAAUGAAUCGUCGCAGAGCUCUGUCGGCAACCAUGUGUUUUAUAGUACAGAUGAAACGGACUAUCACACAGAUAGGGACUUAUCCAGCUACUCUGGGGACACGUUCAACCAGAAGGCCAUGGUGGCCCUGAAGGAACUAGAUGCUGUGAUGGCUGCUGAGGCAGAAGAACUCGAGCGACCCGUGGUCAACAAGAGUCAUCAGACUAAUGGUGUUUUGGGCCCCAGGACCAAUAACAUUACCAUAGUGACCAAGAGUGACCAGGCUGCAGUCAAUGGGGUUGUGUCGAGGUCAGGGAGUAGUGUAACUGCCCAGAACAACCGAGUGUCCAGAUCCAGUAGUAAUGCCACAACUCGGAAUAGUACGUUUGCUGCACCAGCACAAGCACCACCACCACCGCCGCCCCCCCCGCCGCCACCACCACCACCUCCUCCACCACCACCAGGUCCCAGCAGUAAGAUAGAGCCGGGCGGCAUGAACGUGAAGAGGAUCAACUGGGAGAAGCUGGACAACAACAUUGUGGAGAACACAAUAUGGAGAAAUGUCAAUAAAGACAAUGCUUCCCUGGAAAAGAUGGUCAAGCAUAUGGAGCUGGAAAAUCAGUUUAGUACCAAGAUGCAGAAAACACAUUUUCAUGAGAAGCGACAGGAGCUCUGUAUUCUUAAUCCAAAGAAAGCCUACAAUGUGUCCAUUCUGAUGGGUCACCUGAAGAUGACCGGAGCCAAGAUGAAGGAGGCCCUGUAUCGGAUGGAUGAACACAUCUUGACUCCGGAGCUCAUUAAACAACUCCUGGCUUACUCUCCGAAUGGGACAGAGAUGGCCAGCUAUGGUGAUUUCAAGGGAGACAUUGAAGAUCUUAGCAAACCUGACCAGUUCACGUAUGAGAUGAGCAGGAUUCCAGGGUACCAAUCGCGACUCCACGCUAUGCUGUUCAAGACAAACUUUGAGGAGAAAAUCUCUGAAAUGAAGGAGAAUCUGCAUUUCAUCAAGACAGCAUCAGUAGAAAUGAAAGAGAGCAAGAAGUUGGCAAAGAUUUUAGAGCUGAUCCUGGCGAUGGGGAACUACAUGAACAAGGGCAACCAGAGAGUUGGAGAAGCAGCUGGCUUCAGAGUCACCUUCCUCACACAGCUGGACGUUACAAAGACAAGCGACAACAAGCUGACCUUCCUCCACGUACUGGUGGACACCAUCAAGACCAAGUUCCCGGAGCUCAUCACACUCAGCGAGGAAAUUAACUCAGUUUCUAAAGCUAGUAAAGUGUCCAACGUUCUGCUCCAGCAGGAGUUACUGGAUCUCAGAAAGGCAGUACAGGAAAUCUCCAGCACCCUGGAGAAGAUGAAGGGGCACCAACCACCUGCCGGCAUCACCGACAGAUUCAAUGACGUCAUUGGUAAAUUCAUUGGGCGUGCCACCAGUGAGGUGCAGUCGAUGUCCCGUCUUCAGACUACCGCCAUGGAGGCGUUCCACGACAUGGUGCAGUACUUCGGGGAGGAUCCCAACAAGAUGGACACAAGCGACAUGUUCGGAAUAUUCAACCAGUUCGUUAUUAAGUUUGAGAAGGCACAUCGAGACAAUUUGCAGCGUCACUGACAUUAGCCGCCACUCACUUUUGCCACAACCCUGCACAUUUGAUAUGGCCUCACGUUUGAGUUGAUCUGUUGAGCUUCAGCAUGUGAACUGUACCAAACACGUCCAUCUAUGUUGGCAGUGCACAGGAAAGCCAUCUAUGUAUGUCUUUGAUUGUAGUUGGUGUACAGGAAAGCCAUCUAUGUAUGUCUUUGAUUGUAGUUGGUGUACAGGAAAGCCAUCUAUGUAUGUCUUUGAUUGUAGUUGGUGUACAGGAAAGCCAUCUAUGUAUGGCUUUGAUUGUAAGUGGUGUACAGGAAAGCCAUCUAUGUAAGUACACUGUACCCAGUGUUCAGGAAUGCCCCAGCAUGACAAUUCCGCCAACACAGGAAUAUCGACACCACGGGUCAUCUCCAAACUACAGCUUUAUCUGGAGUAUGUCAUGUAUGAUAGCUUGAUUUGGGGAAAUAACAAGCUAGUACCAGAUUUUCACAAGUCUCAGAAAAGGUACUAAUAGCUUUUUUAUCCUUGGAACUCUUGUACAGACCCCCUUUUUGACAAAGGAAUCCUAGCACUAUGAUUAUCGUAAUAUUUGUUACAUACUGAACAUGUUUAGUUAUAGCAAAACUGCUUCUGAGAAUUGCAUAAACAGUGUUAGACAUUUUAUAUAAUGUGUCGAGGGACCCAUGCAGUUUUCUGUUUUAAUACUUGAAUUAGAAGUGAGUGAGUGAAUUUAGUUUUACGCUGCACUGAGCAAUAUUCCAGCUA